CUGCCUUCUCUCUCUUUCUCUUUCCCAGCAAAUAUAAAAGACAUUAGACAAAUUCAAUUGCCUGGUCCAUGUUUCCAAUUUCACUCGUUUUCAACGAAUUUCUCCAUUUAACGUGCGAACCAUCCCAGAAGUCGCUUCCUUAGCCUUUUCCUUGUUUUUUAAGUCUCUGCCUUCAUCUCUCUGUUUUUUCCAACCACUCAAAAGCCUUAUUUUUCUUCCUCUUCUUCUUUCAGCUCUUACUUAAAACUCCCAGCUACUGAUUGGCGAUGAACAACCUCAAACUAGGAGUAGAAGUUGUGAAUGCUCAUGACCUUGUUCCCAAAGAUGGGAAAGGUUCAUCUAGUACUUUUGUGGAACUUCACUUUGAUGGCCAGAGAUUUCGGACAACAACUAAGGAUAAAGAUCUGAGUCCUGUGUGGAAUGAAAGCUUUUACUUCACCAUUACUGAUCCAAGCAAGUUACCGAGCCUCACUCUUGAUGCAUGCAUCUUCCACUACAACAAAAGCAAUGCCUCCAAAAUACUCCUUGGGAAGGUCAGGCUCACUGGAACCUCAUUCGUUACGCAUUCUGAUGCUGCUCUUUUGCACUACCCUCUGGAAAGGAAAAGCCUUUUUUCCCGCUCCAAAGGAGAGAUUGGUUUGAAGGUUUUUGUUACAGAUGACCCUUCUAUAAGAGCCUCAAACCCUCUUCCUGCUGUGGAAUCCUUUGCCGAUAAAGUCCGAGAUAUAGCACAAGACCAAACACCACCUCCAGCAUCAUUUACAAACUCAAUCCCCAAGAACAGGUCUAGAAAGAAAACUGAGUCGAGGCACACGUUUCAUAACAUUGCAAAAUCAAGUAAUGAACAAAAGCAGCAGUCAAAGCCUGCAGCAGAUGCCAAGCCAAGUUCAACCUUUGGGAUUCAUGCGAUGAAAUCCUCACAGGCUCCUCCAAAAGUUGUUCAAUCAGUUCCUGGUGCACAAGACUUUGUAGUGAAAGAAACAAGCCCUACUCUUGGAGGGGGCAAAGUUGUUGGUGGAAGGGUCAUUCCUGGGAGCAAGCCAGCCACAUCCAGCAGCUAUGACCUUGUUGAAUCAAUGAAAUACCUUUUUGUAAGAGUUGUAAAAGCCCGUGACCUUCCUUCAAUGGAUAUCACAGGUAGCCUUGACCCCUAUGUGGAGGUCAAGAUGGGGAAUUUUGUAGGAACUACCAAUCACUUUGAGAAAAACCAAAACCCUGAAUGGAACAAGGUGUUUGCCUUUGCCGAGGAGAAUCAGCAAUCCUCUAUUAUAGAAGUUACAGUCAAAGACAAGGACCGAAUAUCUGAUGAUAUUGUUGGAAAAGUGUCGUUUGACAUGCUUGAAGUUCCUAGACGUAUUCCACCUGAUAGUCCAUUGGCUCCCCAGUGGUAUAGGAUUGAAAACAGAAAGGGAGAAAAGAAAGGGGAGUUGAUGCUUGCUGUUUGGAGAGGCACACAAGCUGACGAGUCUUUUCAAGAUGCUUGGCAUUCUGAUGCAGUAGUCGUCCCUGAUGGAAGAACUAUAUCAAACUAUUCUCAGAUUCGAUCAAAAGUUUAUAUGUCCCCAAUAUUAUGGUAUGUACGAGUCAAAGUGGUUGAGGCACAGGACUUGGUUGCAUCUGACAAGUCUAAACUUCCAGAUGCCAGUGUUAAGGUACAAAUUGGAAACCAGAUUUCAAAGACAAAGCCAAUAAGGGGCGUGAACCCUCAGUGGAAUCAUGAGGCGUUUUUUGUUGCUGCAUAUCCUUUUGAAGAGUCUUUGAUCUUUACAGUUGAAGAUCGCGUUGGUAACAAGGAUGAGACUAUAGGCAAUCUUGUUCUUCCUCUAAGUAAAGUUCAUAAGCGCACUGAUGAUAAGGAUUUCUCAAGGGAUAUUGGUUGGUUUCUUCUUGAGAAGUCCAUGACAUCUGCUAUGGAGGAGCAAGGGAAAGACAAAGACUCAGAGAAGGACAAGGACAAGUUCUUCAGCAGAAUCCAUGUCAUUGCCUAUCUUGAAGGUGGAUACCACGUCCUAGACGAGUCAACUUAUUACAGUAGUGAUCUCAUGACAUCCUCAAGGCUGCUUCAUAAGAAAGCAAUUGGUGUCUUAGAACUUGGUAUUUUGAAUGUUGAUGUGUUAUUACCACCCAAAACUAGGGAUGGAAGGGGAACAUCAGAUACAUACUGUGUGGCAAAGUAUGGCCGUAAAUGGGUGCGCACCAGAACCAUUGUUAACAAUCUAAAACCAAAGUUCCAUGAGCAGUACACUUGGGAAGUUCAUGAUACAGCUACAGUUCUAACCUUGGGGGUGUUUGAUAAUGCCCAGAUUCACAAUUCUUCAAAUGGUAACAAGGAUUCUAAGAUUGGAAAGGUUCGGAUAAGGAUCUCAACUCUAGAAACUGACCGCGUUUACACUCACAAAUAUCCACUAUUAUCGCUGCAAAACUCUGGUCUCAAGAAGUAUGGUGAAGUGCACUUGGCCAUACGUUUCUCAUGCAACUCAAUGUUUAACAUGAUGAGUUUGUAUUUCAAACCCCAUUUGCCAAAAAUGCACUAUACAAAGCCCCUUAACAUUAUUGAACAGGAAAAGCUGAGAAUUCAGGCUGUGCUCAUUGUGGCAGCUAGAUUAGGCAGGGCAGAACCCCCUCUCAGAAAGGAAGUGGUUGAGUACAUGUCAGACACAGACUCUCACCUAUGGAGCAUGCGGCGAAGUAAGGCCAACUUCAACCGUCUGAGAGAAGUGUUUUCCUUCGUAUUUGACAUUGCAGAUUGGUUUGGAGAAGUUGCCAAAUGGAAGAACUCUUUUGUGACAGUGCUGGUGCACAUUCUGUACUCAAUGUUUGUGUGUCUCCCAGAACUUAUUCUACCGACAAUAUUCCUAUACAUGUUUGUGUAUGGAAUGUGGAAAUGGAGGUUCCGUGCAAGAUUCCCUCCUCACAUGAAUGCUAAGAUGUCUUGUGCUGACAUAACAACUCCUGAGGAGUUUGAUGAGGAGAUGGACACUUUUCCAACCACAAAGAGUGCAGAUAUAGUGCGUUGGAGAUAUGACAGAUUGAGAAGUUUGGCAGGGAGGGUUCAAAGUGUUGUUGGACAGAUAGCAACUCAAGGAGAAAGAGUCCAAGCUCUUCUGAAUUGGAGGGAUCCACGUGCCACUUCCAUAUUCAUGGUGGUGUGCCUUGUGACUGCCAUAGUUUUGUAUGUGAUACCACCAAAAUUGCUGUUUAUUCUAUCAGGACUUUACCUAAUCAGACACCCUAAGCUUAGGGAAAAGACACCAGCUGCACCAGUCAAUUUCUUCCGCAGGUUGCCUGCUCUCACAGAUACAAUGCUGUAAAUAUAGACCCUUGGUUUCUGCAAACAACUUUUUCUGCCAUCAAUAUUUAAAUCUGGUGUAAGCCCUUUUGGCAAGUCUUUUGUUCCCUGACUCAUGAUUGUUGAUUCAAAUCUACACUUGCUGUGGACAAUUCAAAUAUAGUAUUGUUUCUCUGUUCUGCAUUAAGGAUUACAUCAGAUCAGAUGCUUGUAGUGAAAUUGUUGGCAGGUAAAAAGAAGAAAAUUGGAAUAUUUUGAGUAAAGAAUUUAUGAA